UAUAGCCCCUGGGUUUAACCGCCGGCACGAUAAGACGUGUCUGAACAAGUUCAGACCGGUAAUUUUUGGAAGUUGCCUUGGAACCAGCCAAGGCCUUAUUCAUUCAUACCUAUCUUUACUAAUGGUGAAAGGGCCACUUUCAAAGGCCUGUAUAUCAAUUCGGAUGGACGGAUGAGUCGAGUGUAGCGGAAGGAUGUAUAUCAAGGACGACAUGGGGAUCGUACCGCAGGACUUUAUCGUAUGCGAAUUCUACGGAGUGGAGACCUGUUUCUGCUGGAAUGUCAAGCACUCGAAGCUUGUUGCGUUCCCGUAUGCAACGGAUGAAACCUCAGCGCGCGACGUAAAAAUUUUUUCGACGCCGGCUCCUGUCAGACAGAUUCAGUGUUUCGAUGGUAGGGUUUUCGUCCUUUGCGCUCCGCAGGGUGUCUACAAGCUAUCGCGCAGCGGCGUGUUCGCCGUGUUGAGUAAGAAUGCGUUGGGAAUGGGCGCCGAGUUCUACGAGGUGCUCGUUCCCUAUGAGGACCACAUCAAACUUUCCAACAAACACAGCAAAGAUUACAAGUUGUUGUUCAAGUAUUCUCCCACAUUGGACACUAUCGAACAGGUGCACUCCCUCUCUUUGAUCCCUGCUGACACCGAGGAAGAAUUGCUCGAAUGUUUCAUCAAGGAUCUGCAAAAGAUAAGAAAUGUUUGCGUGAUUGGUUAUGGUAGAAAGCUGUUUGCUUGGAACGGAAACGCUGUGCAAUUGAUAUACACUGAUGUGUCUGGUGUUAUUUUGCGUAUCGCGCCUGUCACGCGAAGAACCAAAGUCGCUGGUGUGCUGAUUAUUAUCGAUUUGAACACAGUGAUCCUGAUGCACAGCAGAGACCACGAUCUAGUCUUCCAGAAAGUGUGGCUGGGAAGAAAUAUUAGAUGUACCUCUGCGCUUUGUGCUAGCUUCUGUUCAGAACCUGAGAAUGUUCUGUGGAUCGUAUACUGUGACCAAUCCAAGUUAUAUUACAUGAGAAAGGAGCUCUUCACAGAUAAGAUUCAAGAGAUGAAAGAGCAAGAAAAGACAUUCACGUGUAUGCAGUAUUAUAAAUCAAAUGUGAUCUUAGGUUUGUUAGAUAGUAAGGAAUUGGUGGAACUUUCUGUAGAGACAUUGCAGAACUCUUUGCCAGUGAACAGUGACAUUCAGCUUCAUGCCAAUAUGUUUCAAAGUACAGAUCUAAUUAUGGAGAGGAUUUGUAAUAAAGCCAAAGAAUUGGAUAAGCUGUAUGAAAGGUUAGCAAAUGAACAAGAUAAAUUAAGGAGAAUAAAUAUGUAUGCUUAUAAUCAGAAGAUAGAAGCACAUCCCAAAAUUGAGAUGUGCAGGCUGUGGAAUCAUAGUUAUCUUACUUUAUACAUAUCUGAAAGCUUACCAAAGAAUAGCUAUGUAGUAUUUACCCUUAACUCUAAAGAUCAAAGUACAUUUUGCAUAAAGAGAGUAACGGAUACAACAUUCACAGUAAAAAUGCUUGUCAACGAAAGCAAAGUAUUAUAUUCUUCGACUGUCAACAUGGAUUUAAUCACACUAAUGAAUAAAGAAACUCCAUGGUGUAUCAUACAAAACUUUAUAACUUGUCCAUCACAAAAGGAAGCAAGAAAAAGAGCGAAAAAGGAGAGAGAUAAGUUAGCUUUCAUAGAUGCUAAAAUAGCUUUGUUGCAAAAUUUAAUAGCAGAAAAAGAUUUAAAUAUGACUAAAUUGGCUGAGAUUAAGAAAAUUAUACGAGCAGAACUGUAAUUUUAUUUUGUACUGCAAUUUCAAAAACAACUAGUAACUUAAACUACAUAACUUAAAGGAUUAACUUCAAAUUGAGUUACAUGAAAUAUUUUUAAUAUUUAAAAAAAUAUUAAAAAAUAUUAAAAUAUUUGUAUCAUAUCUGCCAUUCUAUAUCAGAUAAUUAAGUUUUAUAUCUUUAUACUGAAAUCUUAUUUUUUUAAAUGUAAUAUUCUAUCAUAUUAUCUUGAUACUAUUAAUAACAUAUAUAUUGCUUACAUACUGUUUCACUUUCAAGAGACGAUUACAUAUCCAGAAAAUAUCUAUACAUAAUCAUAUAAUCAUAUAUGCAGCAAUUAGAUCUUUUAAAAUAUAUUGAUAUUUUUUAAUAUGAAAAUGGAUGAGAAAUAACACAAAAGUGCCAUUAUACAGAAAAAGCGUUAUGGUAGAAAUAAUAUAUAUAUAUUUUAUAAAGAUGAAAUGUAUAUUAUAUAUUGUGAUAAAUAUUCUUUUCAUAUAAAACAUUGUAGUGUCACAUGUUAAA